UGUCAAAUCUGUUUCUCCUUCUUUUCUGAUCCGCCAUUUGUCAAUCGUUGUUGUCGGUCCGAAAUUCUCUGACUAAAAACAAUCCAAAAUGGAGAACGAUGCUGGAGAAUUCGUCGAUCUGUACUGCCCUCGCAAGUGCUCAUCCAGCAACCGCAUCAUUCACGCCAAGGAUCAUGCUUCCAUCCAGAUCAACAUUGUUGAUGUAGAUCCGGAAACCGGCCGCAUGCUGGACACCGCGAAGGUGUACGCCAUCUGCGGUGAAAUCCGUCGCAUGGGCGAAUCGGACGAUUGCAUCGUUCGGCUGGCGAAGAAAGACGGAAUCGUUGCGAAGAACUAUUGAAUACAAUGAUUUGUAUUUCGUGGAGUAUGUGAAUAAAGUUCUGUGAAAAUCUUAUUACUAUUCCACAAAUGGA